GAGCCUAGCCGAGCGGGGCGGCUGGCGGGCCCGGCCCGGGGCCUGCGAGCUCCUCGGGGCACUGCGGGCCGAGGCCUGCAGGGGCCGCCCCGCGCGGGGAUGGCUCCCCCGGGAGCAGGCACCUCGGGGUCCCGACCCUUGCCUGGUGCCAGUGCCCCUUGGGAGUGCGCUCCCUUUCCCCGACCCUCGGGCCCCGGCUCUCAGGCCCCAGGCUCGGGGGUGGUGGGCUUGCCUGCCGCGAAUGCCCCUACGCUCAGGUGUACACCUCGCAGUCUUCUAGUAUCUCCAGAGUGAAGCCCACUGUGGACAGGAUUCUAACUUGGAGGGACCAUGGAGCAGUAUACAGCAAACAGCAAUAGUUCCACAGAGCAAAUAGUUGUGCAGGCUGGACAGAUUCAGCAGCAGCAGCAGGGUGGUGUCACUGCUGUCCAGUUGCAGACUGAGGCCCAGGUGGCAUCCGCCUCAGGCCAGCAAGUCCAGACCCUCCAGGUAGUUCAGGGGCAGCCAUUAAUGGUGCAGGUCAGUGGAGGCCAGUUAAUCACAUCAACUGGCCAACCCAUCAUGGUCCAGGCUGUCCCUGGUGGACAAGGUCAAACCAUCAUGCAAGUACCUGUGUCUGGGACACAGGGUUUGCAGCAGAUACAGUUGGUCCCGCCUGGACAGAUCCAGAUCCAGGGUGGGCAGGCUGUGCAGGUGCAGGGCCAGCAGGGCCAAACCCAGCAGAUCAUCAUCCAGCAGCCCCAGACAGCCGUCACUGCAGGCCAGACUCAGACACAGCAGCAGAUUGCUGUCCAGGGGCAGCAAGUGGCACAGACUGCUGAAGGGCAGACUAUUGUCUAUCAGCCAGUUAAUGCAGAUGGCACCAUUCUCCAGCAAGUUACAGUCCCUGUUUCAGGCAUGAUCACCAUCCCAGCAGCCAGUUUGGCAGGAGCACAGAUUGUUCAGACAGGAGCCAAUACCAACACAACCAGCAGUGGGCAAGGGACUGUCACUGUGACACUACCAGUGGCAGGAAAUGUGGUCAAUUCAGGAGGAAUGGUCAUGAUGGUACCUGGGGCUGGCUCUGUGCCUGCUAUCCAAAGAAUCCCUCUACCUGGAGCAGAGAUGCUUGAAGAAGAGCCUCUCUAUGUGAAUGCCAAACAGUACCACCGUAUUCUUAAGAGGAGGCAAGCCCGGGCAAAACUAGAGGCAGAAGGGAAAAUUCCAAAGGAAAGAAGGAAAUACCUGCAUGAGUCUCGGCACCGUCAUGCCAUGGCACGGAAGCGUGGUGAAGGUGGACGAUUUUUCUCUCCAAAGGAAAAAGAUAGUCCUCAUAUGCAGGAUCCAAACCAAGCUGAUGAAGAAGCUAUGACACAGAUCAUCCGCGUGUCUUAACCCCAGGCCAUGUGAUGGAACUGAUCAAGGUCCGUUCCUUGCCACUGUUUCCCACUGUUCCAGGAAAUUGAUCAGCUCUUCCAAUGGGACACUGACGAUCACAUUCUGCCCUUUUCUACAGGACAGAAACCACUUAGUUUUUAAUAAGUGGCUCAGUAUUAUAAUUGCAGUGAUGUCUGGCAAAUUGAAGCUGCAAGCCUUUGUCUUACUCUUUCAGUCAGGACCUAUUUCAGACUGUUGAAGACAUUGAUAUUUCAUGGAUUAGGAUGAUGCAAGGAGACACAUGCCAGCCCAGCAGUACUCAAGCACUUACAUUGACUGGUAAAGCCAACCAGCCACCUCAGCAAGGAAGAACAACCUUCUCAACCUGAACUACAAUCAGAGAAGCGUCUCAGCCUACUCCUUCCCAUGGAAUUUAGACAGCAUCCAUCCCUCUGGUGAGGGAUCUCUGGCUGACUAAAUGGACACUUUAUAUUCAGAGAUGGCUUCCAGACAGGGAAGUUCCAUCCAAUAAAUUCUCUGAGAUACAUUCAUCCAAUCUGUGGUAAUAAUAAGAAUUUCUGUCUGCCCAGAUGGUUGGUUGGUAUCUUUGGACACCAACCAAGAAAAAGCUAACUGGGGAUAGAAUGAUAAAAGACUGGAGAACUAAAAAUAUACAUUGCUGAAUCUCUUUUUUUUUUUUUUUUUUUUUAGCUUUGAAAAGUGCUCUGCUUGUCCCUUUGUUGACAGGUCAUCUGGACUGGGGUUCUUGCUGUGGCUACUUCUGAGAAUUUAGAGGGUAUUGGACUUUGAAACUGCCUUUCCUAAGAGAACAAAACUGUUCAACAACUUCUGUGCUGAAGAGCUGAGGACAUUUGUAGUAACUCCUAAACAGAGAGCCAAACUAGUGAUUUUCAAUCAUAGGCUUUGUGACAGCAUUUGGGGAACUGUCAGCCUAGGAGGAGAGAAAGAGUAGUACAUAUACCCAAAUGUUGUCAUAGAGCAUGAUUCUCCAGUGGACGGAUACCUGGGAUGGAUUAUUAAGAUAAAGAGACUAAUUCACAUUUUACACUAAAACUUUUAACAAGCACUGAAAGGGAGAUGUCUGAGAUUUGGUUCUUGACAAUUUCUGGAAAGCACUGCUUAAUCUCGCUGUCCUGGACAUAGUCCAGAUUACCUGCUAGAACUUAAGGUGGAUAUUGGCUUCGCUCCUACCACACAUUGUGCUGGCCCCAGAGAGUGAACAUUCUCAUUCUUCCAUGGCAGCUGAUUCUUUGGUGCCAGUUUUCAUUUGUUUUCCCUUUCUCCAUAGGCCUUGCACAGAAAGGUUUUCACAUUGCAUCCAUCCUGUGGAAGUAAGCUGCAGAACUGGAAAUAGAGAUGCCUGCAGGGUCAGGAACUGGGCAGUAUUUCCCAGAAUGGGUUGUGCCUCAGAAACGUAUUUCUUUUCUAGAUGUUGAACCCUGGGAGAACUAAGAUGAUAUUUCAGAAGAGUUGGCUGCCUCUCUGGAAACAAAGAAGGAAAACCUAGCCAGUAAUUCUGAAGAACAUUUGGGGUUGAUUUAAAUACCAAGGAUAAAGAUUGGUCCUUUGUUCUUUGACUUCAAUCUAAACAUAUUAAGAACACAAAAGAAGUUAAACCCCAAACAAAAACAUCAUAAAGGGAGAUCAUUGUUACAGUAGAAAUAGAAGUACAGAGCUAUGCAAAGGAAAUAGGAAGUGAAGUCUGGAGGAUCUAACCUGUGCUGGCUUCCAGAUAGCCAAAGGGCUGAUCCUUUGGUAGGCUCUCUAGAAACUUCUGGCUCUUUAUAAGUAUUUCAGAUAUUAACUUUAUUUGGUAAAGUUUUUCAGAUGCUAAAUUACUAAAAACACUGUGGAAUUUAUAUUCCUUGUUUAGUAUAGGAGUCCAAGAUGCAGAGUUCAGAAAGAAAUUCCUCAAACCUAUUAUUUAGUGUUUAAGCCACCAACAGUUCUAAAAUGCUAUUUAUUUGUGUCUAUAAGUUUGUACAUAGUAAUACCAACCUCAUUGUUUCUGAUUUUUUUUGGGGGGGGGCAGGGGGUGGGGGAGUUUGAAUUUUGUUUGAAUUGAAAUGCUUCAGUUGUCAUUGCAUUUCAGAUAGCUCAUGACACUUUUGUGGUCAUUUUAACACACUAUAAUAGCCCACAAAGUGGGGGCAGGGUAUUGAUGUUUGAAUUUUUUUCUUUGUUACUAGUUAUUUUACUCAUUUUUCUUUAUGACUGUAGUGUAACUUCACAGAUGCAGAAAGCGUGAAUGGAUGAAUGAAUAAUUGGUUUAAUGCUAGUUAUGUCAUUUCUUGAGUGCUUUUUUUUUUGCAGGAUAAUUGUAAAUGUAUAUAUUUUAAUUGCACUGGUACAUUGAACAUGUCAGUGUCUAUACCACUGGACCAACAGAGCAUUUUCUGGCUAUAGGGUGCCUGAUAUUAAUAAUGUUUUGAUUUUCCUUUGGGACUCAACUAUAUAGGUUUCUUUCCCCCCACCAGUAGGGGGAAUACAGGUGAUUGAUCAUUGAUGUCAUUGCAAUUGUUAUUUUUUAAAAUAAAUUUAUAAAAAUA